CAGGCCUCGAUCAACAAGCAAAUCUCACGUUUCGAGACGACGGCCGUGUAUUCGCACCCUGACGCCAAGGUCGACAUCGUCCUCGUGCAUGGUCUAAAUGGCGAACCUCAGAAGACGUGGACCGCCAAGAAUGGCGUCUUCUGGCCCACAGAUCUCCUCCCCGAGUCGUUGAAGAGUGCGCGAGCAAAUGUACUGGUUUACGGCUACAAUGCCGACGUGUAUUCCAAGAAACAUGGCGGAAACCCCAGCGACAACUUCAUCUAUAUGCAUGCGCAGACGUUAGUAACCAGCCUAACGCACUAUCGGAAGGACGAGCUUUCGUCGCGAAAUCCGAUAAUAUGGGUCUGUCAUAGUCUUGGGGGCAUAUUGGUCAAGAGAGCGCUUCUGUACUCCAACGAUCUACGUGCAUCGCAGCACGAGGACUAUCGCCAGAUCUACGUGUCGACCUACGGCCUCAUUUUUCUGGGCACACCCCACACUGGCUCGGAUAUGGGCGCUUGGGCGACCAUGCUUCAAGCCAUGUCGGAUGCUGUGGUGCCCAAGGCAUUUUGGCAGUCGGAGCCGGUACUUCUCAAGACGCUGAAGAAAGACAACGAAACACUUCAGAACAUCAAUAACCACUUUCUCGAUAUCUAUCAGCGCUUUCAAAUUCUCAUGGCCCAUGAGAAUCACAAAACGGAUCUGAAGGGUACGCGGAUGCUCGUUGUUGAUGCACAGUCAGCUAGUCCCCAAUUGCCGGGGGUCGCCUUCUUCGCCAUUGAACAGAAUCACUCUAAUAUGUGCAAAUUCGAGAGCAAGAACGCCCCGGGGUAUAGGGUAGUUUCCACGGCCAUCAGGGACUGGGUUGGACAAGCUCCUGAUACCAUCAUGACGAGAUGGCGGGUCGAGGACGACGAGAAGUUGGCGAGGGCCAAGCAUGAAAUUGAGGAAAGGAUGAAGCCUUGGGUGGAACGUUGGCUGAUUGCAUUUUUGUUCAUAGUACAAGAUCCUAAUAAUCAGAUUAAUUCUCUCACGGACCCACAGAAGCCCCCUUCAAGGCUAGAUGACAUAUCUAAACCUCUACUACCCGAGCCACAGUCGCCGGAAGCAGAGACGGAGCUUUCAUCGCAGGAUUCGGUGCCUGAUCAUAAGCCUUCCUCGCGAGAACCGAUUUUCGUCAAACCCAACGUGUUCCGACCUAACACGCACUUCAAGGGGCGCGAUCAAGAGAUGAAGGCGCUACAUAAAAAGCUCAUGGACCGAGAACGGAGAUCAGCGGGGACCUCGUCCGUACUGAUCCAGAGCAUGCCCGGUGGGGGUAAGACGCACCUCGCUCGGCAGUAUGUGUUCGAAUACAAGUAUCACUAUCCGGGGGGCAUUUUCUGGAUGAGGUCCAAGUCGAUUCAGGAGUUGGAGUAUGGGUACUGGGAUAUUGCCAAGACAGCAGCGCUGAAGGAAAUCGACCAUUUGCAAAAGGAUGGCCUUAACGACACCAAGAAAAUGGUCAAGGCGGUGCGAGCGUGGCUAAGCCGGACCGAAGGCUGGCUGCUCGUUCUGGAUGGUGUUCAUUUCGAUCUACCAGAGCUGGAAAAUUUUAUCCCAUUUGCCAAUAACACUAGCAUCAUCUACACCUCGACCGAGCGAACAACGGGCGAAGACUACCGAUUCGACAACCCCCAGGUCAUCGUUCUUGACCCGCUGACGCCACGUGAGGCCCAGGAACUGCUUUUAGAGGAGAUGGAAAAGAAGAAGCCGUGGAAUCAAGACGACCUCAGUCGAGCGCUUGAACUCGUACAGCUGAUGGACCGUCUGCCCUUGAUGAUACAUGUCGCCGCACGUCACCUCAAGGCCACGAGGGAGCCGCUUUCCAAGUAUCUCCGAUCAUAUCGAAGUCGACCCAAGGCGGGUCAUCUCCCAGCGUAUCGGGCGGUGCGGGAGCAGCUUCAGCAUCGAGGUGCUGUUGCUGCUUUGAACUUGAUGUCAAUGCUCGCAUUCUUCAGCCAGCAUAUUCCGGUCGAGAUGCUUGCUCUGGGGCUGCAAGCGCUCGACAAGAGAACGCCCGUCAAGUCGUACGAUAUUGAGACGAGAAGGGCGACGCUCAACAACACAUUCAAGGUGCUCAUCGCUUUUGCCUUGAUCGAACGCAACGAGAAUACGGCAACACCUUCGGCGAGUGACCGUAGUGCGCACUCGGUGGAUAUGGCCCAAGAUAGCCUCGAUAUACUGAGGAUCCACGGCAUUGUGCAGGCCUUUUUCGUUGAUACGCUGGCUGACGAGAAACAAGCGCCGUUCUGGUUGGAGAGAGCCAUCUGCGUGUUUUGCACGGCGUUUGAUGCAAGCGACCGACGCAUACGAGAAGACGCGGCCACGGGAAUGCCUGAAGACUACAUGCGGUUUUUGAUUCAUGGAAAGAAACUCCUGACUUACCUGGACCGUUUCGAGAAGAAGGCGCCUGAGCUGGGUGAGUGUCGCGAUUUGCUCGAGUCACGACUGGACAGCACCCAGGCCCGGAUCGACCAACUCAGCAAACGAAAACACAACGGCGACCGAAGCGGUGGAGAUGUAGCUAUUAUGUCGGUGUUUGAACGCACCAACAGCUUAUCGGAGUUGGACUCGGGGAGUCCACCGAGCAACAGCAGUCUAAUCGACUGGCAACUGGACGACGAUCACCCAACGCUAGAUUCUCCGGCUGUCUAUAGCCCAACGGAUUACAACCCGUAUCACUGGCAUGUCACCUACCCAUACGGUGUCCUCGGUUUUGAUGAUGGGACUACACCAAGGACGGUAACGCCUCAGCCUGCUCCUACGGAAAUAUUCGAGUCGAUAUCGAUUCCCGAGGACUAUGAUGGCCUCAUUGCAUCUGGGCACCGUCACAGGACCAUCAAACGCAACGCGGAACGUCGUUAUCGAGACCACGCUGGCGCAUGGCGGGCUUCGCCACAGAUCUUAAGCGACCCUCGAGUUAGUCUCAGCAGGGAGACAGUAAAGGGCUUCAUCAGCCCACCAAACGCGCAGAAUCAGCGGGGCGGCCGGUCUCGUUCGUCCAGCAGUAACCGACUCACAGCUAGCAGCGAUGCGGAGCUGACGCUCAAUAAGAUAACCAAGAUCUCUCCCCCACCGCAAAGGGGCGGCGGCCAUAUAACCGACAAGAACAGCGCGUCAAGCACAUCGAGCGUGAGGCCCAAGUUGAUUGCGGGGAGACCGUCCUACACC